AAAUGUUCAUGUUCUUGUGAGUAUGCAAUAAAGUUUGAAAAAUAGUUGAAUGUAUUAUAAAACAGUUACAAGAACAUAUUUUUGCUCCAAGAGACAAGCAUGGCAAACACAGAAACUCCCAGACAUAUUCCACACAAAUGUAGAAAAUAGUGUAUAUACUACUAUUUCCCUUAUAGUAUAGAUACCACUUGUUUUUGUGGAGUGGGUUUGCUUGUCAAAUAUAUGCCGUAACAGUUAAAUCAGCUAAAGAUAUAUGUAAAAAAAUCACAACUUUUAAUGCAGUAUGUCAGCAAAACGAAACAACAAUAAUAUUGUCUGCAAAUCCAUGUUUAACUUUAGAGCAUUUUACUCCUAUAACUAUUUCAAUAUACAAUCAAGGAAAUCAAAUGUUCUUAUUUUCAAAAGUUGAGAAAAAUAAAGAAUAUUAUUCAUUAGGCAAUAUAACAGUUGCACUUGAAUGGGAUUGGAAUGUCAACACAAUCAACAUUAAUGUUAUGCACAAACUUCAUUUAAUGGCAAAACUUUAUUAUGUUAUAAAGCAAUCUGGGAAGAAUAUUUCAGAGAAGAUAUUUGAGGUUGAUUUUCCGUUUUUCAAUUACCAGUGCACCUUUGAUCUCCAUACUCAUGAAUUAUUACCACCAACCAUUUGCAACAAAACCCUUAAAGUUGGCCAGUAUGCAUAUGCAUGUUUGAUAUCAAAAGAAUUGGUUUCUUAUGAAUAUCAACCAAAAAAUGGUCUCUACUUAAUUAUGUUUGAUUCUUGCACAGUACCUUACUCUGUCACAAUUCUAGUAAUUUAUCAAAACACAAAAGAAUUGUUUACGAAGAUUUUUACUCAAGAUAAAACUGAUGCUCCAUUUAGUCCAUCUCUUGAAGGGUGUGGGCUGAAAUUUAAAAUGAAUGAUAAUUAUAUGGAUUUUUACACUACAACUUUAAAGUUUGUUUGUACAAAUGGUACGGAAGUAACUCUAAUUGAAUGUGGUUUUCAAACAGAGCUUUCUCUAAAUUGUCCUUUAACGAGUUGUACCAAUCAAGAUUAUACAAAUAUAUGUCAAGACAAAUGGAUAUUUGGAGAGAAUCAGCAGGUAUCAGCCUUUAUGAAUGUCACUAUUGAUAUGUGUGAAGAUCUUCCUCAAGUUACUCUAAAUAUGUAUGUUGUUAGUUCUAAAAUGUAUAGCUAUCCAUUUUCUCAAGUUCUAUACGCAAACCUGGAUGAAUAUGAAAGAAGUCAUUCUCCUCCUUUCUAUCUUGGCCUCCCGAUAGAUAAAAAAUUAUCAACAAACAAUGGUUACUUAAGUUUAGAUGGAGGAAACAUAAGUUUGCAUUUUCGAGAAAGUACAAAUUCAAUAUUUGUUUUCAUAUUGCGUCAUUUCCCAAGACCUUAUGACGGAAUUCCUUUGCUUCGUACAGAUUUUGAAUUAAACAGAACAAAAAGUUGUUUGUGUAAAACGUCAAAAAAUAAAAACAGUGGUUCGAUGGAAGUUGCACUUGCUGUCCUGGUUUUCAUCACGUUUUUAUUAUUUUUUUUCGCUUUAAUUGCUUUUUGGAGAAAGCGUAGUCGGCGUAAAAAGUUAGGGCUGCCUCAUUUAAUAAUAACAGAAGAAACACCGGAAGAAAUGGAUGAUCAAAGCAUGUAGUAAUUUUUUUUUUGAUUGAUUUGAUUUGUGUA